AGCUUGCUCAAAACCUUAAGAAAAUGACGACUACUUUUGAAGAAGCAACGACUCUGGAUUUCAUUCAACACCAUCUUCUCGCCGACUUUGCUUCCGCCGAUGCUUUUAUCGCCGGCCUUGAUUUUGGUCUCUCCCACCUACAAAAUUACCACUUUUCCGAUCUAGAUCAACUUCUCUCCGCCGUACCCGACCCGAAUCACCAAACCCACGAAAUGUUCAGCUAUGACAUAAAGCCCGAGGCUGUCGAUUUGGAUACUCCGGCUCCGAGUUCCUUCAUGUCGGACUCAAAAAUGGCGCCCAAGGUAUCACUUUCUGGAGAGAGAAGGCAUUACAGAGGCGUACGAAGGAGGCCGUGGGGCAAGUUUGCGGCGGAGAUCCGAGACCCGGACCGGAAAGGACGUCGGGUCUGGCUAGGUACUUUUGAUUGUGAACUCGAUGCUGCCAAGGCUUAUGAUUGUGCCGCAUUUAAGAUGAGGGGCCACAAAGCAAUACUGAACUUCCCGCUAGAAGCCGGGCGGGCCAGCCCGCCGGCGAGUACGGGUAGGAAAAGGGGAAAAGAUAAGAGAAUUCAGUCGCCGGAAAGUGACGUCGUGUCUCCGGUAAGUGUCGAAGUGGCUUUGGAGGUGAAGGAAGAAGAUGUUAAGCCGCAGCUUGAUGGUUAGAAUCGGCUGUCACUGUUGAAGUAGAGAACAUGAUAGACGAUGUGAAUAGGGAUAAUUAGUGGUUGAAUUGAUGUACCAUAAAAAAACAUGUAAUUUAUGUUUUGGAUAAUUUAAUUUUAUUACC